GUUGGGAAUCGGAUUGGAGAGAGGAGAUGGGGAGGGGGAGGGUGCAGCUGAAGCGGAUCGAGAACAAGAUCAAUCGGCAGGUCACGUUCUCCAAGCGCAGAUCGGGGCUGCUCAAGAAGGCCCACGAGAUCUCGGUGCUCUGCGACGCCGAGGUCGCCGUCAUGGUGUUCUCCACCAGGGGCAAGCUCUACGAGUACUCCACCGACUCUAGUAUGGAAAAGAUUCUUGAUCGUUACCAGCGCUACUCAUAUGCUGAAAGAGCCCUUGUAGAUGCAGACACUGAAUCCCAGGAAAACUGGUGCCAUGAAUACGAGGUAUUGAAGGCAAGGAUCGAGGCACUACAAAAAUGUCAAAGGCACCUCGUAGGCGAACAACUUGACAAAUUGACACUUAAAGAAAUCCAACAGCUGGAGCAACAACUUGAGGCAGCUUUGAGAAAAAUAAGAUCAAAAAAGAACAAUGUGCUGUUUGAUUCCAUUGCUGAGCUUCAAAGAAAGGAGAGGGCGCUGCAAGCACAAAACAGUGACAUGGCAAAGAAGCUUAUGGAGAAGGACAAGGCUGAGGAGCUGAGCCAACACCGACAAACGGAACAAGCAGCUCAAGCCCAGGCCAGCUCCUCUAUACCACACUUGCUCUCGAUAGAAUCUACCAUAAACAUCAGAAACCACCAACCCACGGGCUCAGUCGUGGAGGAAGCCGCCGAGCAGUCCUUCGCCCGGUGUAACGGCGCUGUUCUGCCACCAUGGAUGCUUCACCUGUGAAGGACGGACUGAGACGCGGUUCCCAUGCAAGUCCAGUUACUAUUUGUAGUAAGUAUAAUCCAAGUGAAGCUGCGGAGUGUUUUAUCCCUCCGACCCAUAUUCCAAUUUGGACUUGGAGCAAUCCGUCAGAAGUCUCCCUGUAAUGCAUUUUCUAACCUAUGCUUCUAUCGUGUGCGAUAGCUCGUUUGUAUAUAUCGAAAACAAUACUGUAAAAUAAUGGACGUUAAAAACAU